CUGUGCGCUGCAAACAUCAUUAGGAGGGGAGACGCUUUCCACCGUCAGCGCCGGAGCAGAGCAGGGGAGCCCUGGCAACAAGGAGCGACACAAACUCAGCAGCCCGUUACACCCUACAGGAAUGGUCACAUCACCUGCUGACAGACCGACGUGGACAGGCAGUGCAGGCACCCAGCACGCUUCCCUCGCAUUGGUGGAGAGAUCCAGACUUCACACCAGGAAGUUGUCAGCUCUCUACUGAGCAGCAGGCUCCACCUAUACCGCCCAAGUAGCUCUGCCUCCUCUGCUCAGGGAGUGCUGAGUCCCUGAGUCAACACACUGCAUUCUGGGAUAAUCUGGAACCCUCUCCAUGGGUUGUACCACCUGGUGACGAACCAGGGGGGUUUGGAGAAGUUGUGUUGAAUGAGGAUUGUGCUGGGUGUGGGCAGGCUUGCUUUUGCAAGGAAAUGAUUCCGCAUGAAGUGCGACGCACUCGGCCCCCCGUCGUCCUCGGCGGCAGCAGCAGGUGUGACGUCGUGACUCUCUCCCCUACCACACUGAGCUCACCCUUCAGUCGCUAAAGACCUCUGGACCAAACGGACCGCCUACCCCUCUCCUCUAAUCACCCCUCCAUAUCUUCAUCUCCAUCUUUAAUCCUUUCUCACCUGCUUGUUAGGGCCUGGAUUUUCUUUGUCAUCGAGAAAAAAACCUGGUAAUCAACGGCCUUGGUUGAACUGGAUAAAGAGGGAAAGACAGAAAAGUUCGGGAACGUAAUUCAUAGCUAAUUAAAGCAAGACAAGGGACACAUCAUCAAAAGUGAGACAGGAAAUUGAAAUAAAAAGCCAGAGAUAGAAAAAAACAAAAAAAAGGAAAGAAAAAUCUACAGAAGGCCACAAAUCAAGUACUAAUCAAAGUACAGUUGAGGGACGUGAGGCGGAGUCAGCAUGAAGUCCAACCAGGAACGCAGCAAUGAAUGUCUGCCCCCAAAGAAGAGGGAGAUCCCCUCCAGCACAUUACCAUCUGACAUUCGCUCACCUAUCCUCCCACCUGCCAGUGACUGCCAGCGCACAGAGAACAUGGCCUGGCUUGCCAGUGUGGCUGGUGGAAAUGAGAGUGGCAUGGGUGGACAACGUAGCUCCAGUCAGUCUGACAGCCUCCAGUAUAAACCCCUUUUUUCCACAUCAGACUCUUCGUCCUCCUCUUCCUCGUUGAGGCUAGUCUCAUCUCUUCCAACCGUGUAUACGUCCCCCCUGUCACAGUCCACAGUUGGAGGAACUGUCCAUUACGCCCAACUGCCUCCCAACAUGCAGUUCGUAGCCCCAUACGCAGGCUACAUCUCCCCUCAACUGCUUCCACCUCCUCCUCCACCUCCCCCCCUCUCCUCCUCGUCCUCCUCUUUGGCUGCACAGAGACAGUCACACACAGAGACAGCCUCUGCUCCGUCACACGCCUCCAAACAUGACCAGCACAGAGCAUCCACUGGGCGUACCUCCAUGCCUCCGCCUUCUACAGACCCCGCCCCUCACCAUGUUCAAAUGUCAACCUCAACACGGACUGUGCCGUCACCUCAUUACCAAGGAGGCAUUCACCUUCCUCCCCAGUCUCUGCACCCCCACCAUACUUUGGGACAUGGGAUGUCCCAGCUUGUGGUUCAGUAUACGGACGCACCCACUAGGAAAGAGGAAGUUGGCUCCAGACCCAGAGAGCUCCACAAUGGAGAGCUGGAAAGGGGUCGGCGGUUUGGAGCGUCCCCCGAGUCCAACCUCUCUAAGCCAGGGAGCAAAUCACGGGAUGCCACUUCGUCUUUGUCCUCCUACGAGGGCCGCCAGCUGGUCCUGCACUCAGACUUCUCUACUCACGAUCCCUCAGGGCUGAGAACCUCUUUCAUGCUAAUGCCCAACAGCCAUGGGGACCACCAGCUGGUACCACCCAGAGCCAGCCCUGAGAAUCAGACAACCUCUGCACACCUGGAGAAAGGUGGCAUCAUCCUGGGCAAGCCUGUCAAUCGCACACCCUCCUGCUCCAACAUCACCUCCUCUUUCACGUUUACACCCCCAUUGAGUGUCGAUAGCCUGAAUGCUGCUGUCAGCACACUGUCACCCCAGACCGUUAUCCAGACCACCCACAGCGCUACAGAGGCACUGUCGAUGGGGCUCCCCUCCACCAGUAUCUACCAUCAGCCACCUAUCAUUGGUUACAUUGCAGGGGGUGGUGGGAGCCAGCAUACGCCAAUUAGCUACCACACCAGCCUACAACAACACUUACUCAUUCCUGGCACCCAACCGGUCAUUAUCCCUGUUAGUGGAGGGGGAGUCACCACAUUGGAUCCUGUAACUUCCCACAUAACAUCAUCUACCCAAGCCGCACCGUUUCCUACCACACUCCCACACACAUACAUUGCUGCCACUGCUCCCAAAGGAGAAACUCGCGAAGCCCCCAGUAGCUCAUAUCACCAGGCCGCUUCAGGUGCGGUGGUCCAAGCCCAGCUUCAUCUCCCCAUUGUUUCCGCUCCGCCAGGACUGGUCGCUCCGUCUGCUCCUCCCUCUUUAUCCAGUACAGUGGCGCCCCCCUCGCUCCCCCCAUAUUUCAUCAAGGGCUCCAUCAUCCAGCUGGCAGAUGGGGAGCUGAAACGCGUGGAGGACCUGAAGACAGAGGACUUCAUCCAGAGUGCUGAGAUCAGCACCGAGCUGAAGAUUGACUCGUCCACAGUGGAGCGCAUUGAAGGGAGCCACACCUCACCCAACUUUGCUGUGGUUCAGUUCUCUGUUGGUGAGCACCGUGCACAGGUGAGUGUGGAAGUCUUGGUGGAGUAUCCCUUCUUCGUCUUCGGCCAAGGCUGGUCUUCAUGCUGCCCAGACCGGACCACCCAGCUUCUGGAGCUACCUUGCACCAAGCUCUCUGUGGGCGAUGUGUGUAUUUCACUCACCCUCAAGAACCUGAGGAACGGAUCCCUAAAGAAGACUCAGCCCCUGGAGUUGGCCACUCCUGCCUCUGUCCCAGCGUCCAGCUACGGGCACCUCAAACCCCCCAGAGCUGUCCCAGACGCUCCCCAAAGCUGCAGUGGAGGAGGCUCCAGGCACAAUGAGCGGGAGAAUGGCAUCAGCCAUCGAGGGAGGGGUGGAACUGGGAAUAGAAGUGGAGGAGGCACCAAUGUGGAAAACGGGGAUCUCAUGUUUGGGGGAAGAGGGUCAGUUUCUAAAGGUCAGGUUGCCAACAGUGCUGAAGCUGGCGUCACUAAGCCAUCAGGACGAAGGAAGCGGAGAUGGUCUGCUCCUGAAGGACGAAAAGUAGAAAGAUCUGAGGAGGAGCCGCCCUUGACCCUGCCCAAACCUUCCUUCAUCUCUCAUGAGGUGAAAGUCAGCAUCGAGGGAAGGUCAAGUAUUGGCAAGUGAAGGCUUGCAGGAAUGUUCAAUAACCAUUGGGAUUUGAAAAAAACAUUAAUGUUUCAUUUGUCUUGGUUUUAAAGUUUUGUUUUCCGUUUUUAUUUUUCUAUCUUAAAUACUGUACUGUAGAGGUAAAUUUACCCUACAUGGUAUCACCUUACAUUAAGUCCAUGUAGUCAAGAACACAUUUUUUCAUAGAUGGAUUUGAUAUCACACAAGCAAUCAGUGCCGUUUUGGUGGUUUUCAUGAGAUGACUUAUGGUGAGGGAUUUGUGAGGCGUGCUAAAUGCUUAUUGGUGGCUGUGUGGCACACAGGAGCAAUGCUUGAUGGCUCUUCUUGGCUGGCUACACAUUACACAUUAUGUAAAUUUCUAAUUAAAUUAUUUGACAGUUUCUCUCUUGACAGGGAUUUCACUGCCUUUGCACUGCCGCUGAGGCAGCCUGGACAAAAAAAAACUCUUUCCCACCACCUCUGUGGUUUUACACUGGGCCACAGGAGUGAUACAAUGUCAGCUGAUCCUGAGCGUGACAAAUCUGUGGAUAAACCAUGACAUUUUUCAUUUUCAAAUAAACGUACUAUGUGUUAUUCUAAGUGUCAUCGGGGUGUGCCAGACCUGACCAGUGAUGUCAUCAGGUGGUGCCAGUGUGCCACGCAAAAGAGAGGGAACAACACUUACUCUGUUCAGUUGGAUGAUAGUGGAUUCUUUACUUUCAUCUUGAUCAUUUUCAUUUAACUUUUUUUUUUUUCCAUUAACCCCUCAUCUUCUAUCUCACCAGAUAGUUGUUUUCAAUGAUUGUCAAAAACCUUAAUCAGGGGUCAUUCAGUCCUAGAUUGAACCUAGGUGGGUCAAUGUUAAUGUAUAAAUGUGAGAUACCCUAUCCUAACACAUAUUCAAGUGCAAACACACUGGGUUGGCGAACUUAAACUUUAAGAAAAUGUUCAGAGGAAGACUGCAUACAAUCCUCAUUGUGUUUUGAUAAUUACUUUAUAUAUAUUUUUUAAUGGAGAAAGGCUGUGUGAGAGGAACCGAGAGAAUCUGCAUGUCAGUUCUGAGAGGGUCAGGAUGUUUCAGAGCACUUAACACACCUGUCACACUCACCAUACAGCCGAGAAACUUUUGUUGUCUCUUUAUUUACGCAGUACUGUAUGUUUUUAGAUUUGUUUUUUUUUUUAAGACAAGGGUAGAAAGUAGCAACAGCACUUUUGGAAAGGUGAAGCUUUUGGAAAAGUGAAGUGGUGGUUUAAGAAAUGUGGUAGCGGAUGUGCCAUGGGAUCACAAAGAAAGGGAUGAUUGUGACAGGUAUUGGAGGAAAAGAAAUCCAGUUAGUAGAUGGUUAGAGAAACAUUUAUGGUGACAAAAGGAAUUAGAAAUAUGAUGGUUUUCAGCACGUGUGCUUGUACAGCCAGCCUGCCAUGCUUAAAGUUAAAGGAAAGUAUUGGAAUGUGUUAUGAAAAGUUUGGGAUCUGGCAUAAGGAUUGACAAGAAACAGGCUUUUGAAAUAUCCCAAUGAUGUUCUGUACUAGACUGAGAGCAUCGAUUAGAAGCUCGCGCCACAGAAUUUUGAAGGGUGUCAUAUAUUUGUAAUGUGUGUGCUAGAGGGUGCAUGAUGCUGGUCUGUGUCUGUCCAUACACACACACAUGCUUACACAAACACAAAACAGUACAGACUAUCCCUGAAACUCAAUGACCUAGAAUAUGUACUGUAUUUAGAUGAAUGCGGACACUUUGUGGUGCAUGUUGUUCCUACUGCAAAGACACUAGUUGACUGACAUUGGGUUGAUGCACACUGCUAACAGUACAGUUGCAGAGAGUGCUCUGUGGUGUUUUUGUGUACGUGUGUGAGUUUGUGCACGAGUGUAUGUAUACUGUGUAUAGGAAAAGGAUAUACUCACUUGAUAUAUAGACGAUGCUAAAUGUCCAGUGUUUCUACUUAGAGUCGUACUUAAUAGAAUCUUGCAAUUUGCACAUCAGGAGGAGGGAGAAGGGUGGAGACAUGAUUUAGAACUGCCCUGUCCUGAAACGAGCCCUAGACCACGUGACACACUGGACGAGCCCAGGGUUUUUGGUCCUUAACAGGCACUUGUCACAUUGUAGAGGAAAAGUUUUAACAACAAAGCAGUUAAGGUCAAAUUACAUUUUGAGUUUUUACAAACAUAACCGUAGCUGUAAAACAGAAUUUUAACAUGUGCCUGCCUACUGAAUUUACUGACUUUAGUUAAAGAUAUGCCAUUUGUAGUGUUGAAACCAGGGUGUAAGGACUAGGGUUCAGUUUUGAACACGGCCUGUGCGUUCAGCCAGCUGAAACCUUAUUUAGCUAAGAUGCAGCAGUUAUCUCAACAGAUGUGCCUGCUUGGUUGACCCAAGAUUUAGAGCUUUGUAAGCAACUGGUCUUUAUUUUCUUUUUUUUCUGCUCUAACAUCAGUGUAAUUGUAGUUGUUUUUAAAUCUAUCACUGAUGGUAGACGCAUGUGGUCUGUGAAUUAUUAUGUUCUGAUUGUAUGGUGCCAUUCAACGUGCAGAUGUUUCUCUCAUUACUGCAUGUAACAAUGAAGUAUGAUCAUGCACAGUAGUUAGAUCAGCAUGUGCAGGUUGCUGCUGGCACAAUAAGUGUUAAGGAGGGAGAGAAGAUGUGGGUUCCUGCAGGCAUAUCUGUUGAGCUGUCUACUCUGCCUCUUUAUUUAGGUGUUGUUAUACGGCAGAGAUAGUUUUUAGUUGACAUUGUCUCUAAAAAAUAGUGGAUCAGUCGUAUUUUCUGUUUCAACUGUGUGGGGCAAUGCUGUUUCAGGUCGCAGGAGUUUACCAUGGUGAUGGCAGGAAGGAUGUGUGCUCAGAUGGAUGACUAAUGGUUGAGUAAAUGGGCAGAUGGAUGGUGAAUGAAUGAUUAGACUACAUAUGAGAUUUAAAAAUGCUUUAUUUUUUUAUAAUAAAACAGGGUUUCUCACAUCAACACCACCACAGUAGAACAUUUUCAUUUCUUCAUUUUCCUAUUGAAACAUCAUCGUCAUGAUUAGUAGAAAUAGUAGUGUGUGCAUGUGUGUCUGUGUGUUUUGCAAUCUGUGUGUGGCUGUGUGUUUGUCAUACACACAUACUGCACAUUUUUUUGUUUUUGUCCAACUCCCUUCCCAACAAAUGAAAAAGUAGAACAACAACAUUGAAACAAACCUGUCAGCCACUCAGUCCAUCAAAACGUUUGCUCUCAGUCAGGUGAAAAUAUUUUUAGCCAAAGCCAAGUGAUACUGAUGUUGCUUUGGUUACUUUAGAAAGCAAUAGUACGGCAAUAUUCAGGCACUCUCCUUGUGUAUGAGUGGAACACACACACACACACACACACAUACACACACACACACACAUGCACACAGUCAUUCCACUCAAAUUUUCUGCAAUAAACAUUUAAUAGUAAUCGCCUCGCAUUGCAACCAAAACAAUCCCUCUUUUCCUCCAAUAGAGGGAAACCAAUCUUGCCAUAUACUGGAAAAUGCUUUUAGAAGCUAAUAUACCUGAACACAACUUAUUUCAGUUAGCACUAUUCCCCUUAACAUAAAGUACACUUAAAUCUUAAGAAAUUGCAGUUGCAACACCAGUUGCUAGUUUUUCAGGGAGUUGUCUCACAUAUGCAGUUACUGACCCCCGAAACCUCUGCUGUCCCAGCUGGUCUGAGUCAAGAACUCCGUUGUCACGACGUUUUGACUCUGCCCAGGUUUGCCUUGUUGCCACGACUCCCGUAGUGACCUCGUUAACUUUGUUUCAGGUACCCAAUCAUAGCCAGCCAGCCUCACACCUCCUCCGGAGGCAAAGCAAUCGAUUAACCCUCAACAACCGUUAGCUACCUUUCAGUGUUGCCUGGCCGGGACAUAGCAGGGCUGGCCUGGGCUGCCCGUUCCCCUCCUAACAUCAUCUUUUGAUAUUCGGUCUCCUUUUCACUACAAGCUUAUAAAAGUCGUUGUGUUAAUACUUCAGUGGGAAAUGCAUGCCUAAUAAUAGACUAUGAAAGAAAGCAAUCUGAAAUGUAGACACAUUCUGAAUGCAGGAGAGGGUUUUACUUUUGUUAAGAUAAUCCCAAAUUUAACCUUUUUAUCCACUUGAAAAUGUACCACAAUGUGCAAUACUUACAUGUUGUUCCCCUCAGUACCCCCCACCCUCCCCUUUGCUGUGCCAAUUGUAUGUAGCAUAGUCCUAGUCCUACUCCAGUGUCUCAUCCUUGUUAAUGGUGUGUCACAUCUGUAAAACAAGAGUCAGGAUGUUUGUGAAGAAAAACAAACCCAAUGGAGAGUUUAUCCGUAUCUCUCUUUCCCUUUUGUCCUUGCGGCCUUCCUAAAUUUGUGUGUGUGUGUGUGUGCGCGCGUCCAUGCGUGUGUGUGUGUGCGUGUGCGUGUGUGUGUGUGUGUGUGUGUGUGUGUGUGUAACGGAGUGUUUUCUCCUGUAAUUGUCUGUGAGAUCAUAAACCCUGACCCUCAAUGGUUCAUGGUGAGACCCACAGAAAAAAAAUAAACCUCAUUGCUUAGUGGGGACCACUUUUUGUAAAUAAAAAAAAAGAGAAAAAAACGAAGAAAAAAAAAACAACAACCAACCAACAGAGAUGCACAUGUAAGUAGAUGUAAAAGACUUGAUAAUGUUUCAGCACUUUCUAAUCCUAGGAUGGGCUUGGUCUAACCCCUCUGUCUCAGACCGACACCUACCCUAGGGGUAACAUUCAUUCAAAACGGACAGAGAGAAUGAGAAUGGAAAAAGAGGGGUGAAUAAGGAUGAAAAAGAGAGAUGGCUCAGUUUAAGUUUUUGCACAUCACCAUGCCGUAACCUUGUGUUUAUCUGUCUGUGCUCCAUCUCGCUUGGCGCCCGGCGCGUUCUUGGGUCCAACGGGCCGAGGUGUUAGGUAGUUCCUUGGUUCUUUUCUACUAGGAAAACCUUUUCUCAUGGAAUGCAUCCCUUCUUUUGUUGUGCUCAGGUUUGUUUGAAAUCUUUUCCACCCUACACCAACCAGGCUGUGCCGUUAACUAGGUUUUGUUUUCUUCACAUUUUGAGAUCUAAUUUGGCAGACUUGUUUGUAAGGAGUUCGGCACAGCUCGAUUUGGUCGUGCGGUGUGAAGACGGUGCUUACAAACCUUUGCAUUGUUUGCAUUAUCUAUGGUGCAGGAGCUUUUUCUGUUUUUGGUCUCCUUGUAGCACUCAAUAUAAUGUCAGGGGACUUAAAACUCUGUAGAGAAUGUGUCAUUGUUGAGUUUUAAUGACAAGCUUCCUCACUGGAGGAACACUGCUUAUGUCUUUUUUUUUAAUUGGCUUCUUGCACAAUUUUACAAAUAAAAUGAAUGUUGGUGUGUGAGCUUUGACUUUUCAAUAAGAAAAAAAGGCAUGAGUGCUCUUUGUUUCUUGAUGUUUGUACUUUUAUUUUGCAAAAAGGAUGUUUUUGGCACUUUGUUGUGUUUUAAAAGUGAACAGAAUUCGAUCAGGAUUCCUUUUUUUCAAUCUUUUUUUGUAUGACGUCUCGUCAAUGUCCUUAGCGCUGGAUAAACAACUCAGGCAGAAAAAAAAAA